GAUCGAAUUGAAAUGCCAAUAACUGUUAAAUUCUUGGACUCUAGGAAAAAGACUUCAACCUGGUGGAGCACAGUAGCCGGCUGCCUCAGUGUGGGAAGCCCCCUGUACUUCCGUUCUGGUGCUCAGGAAUUUGGAGAACCGGGAUGGUGGAAACUUGUUCAUAACAAGCCCCCCACGAUGAAACCUGAAGGAGAGAAGUUGUCUGCCUCUUCUUUGAAAGUAAAAGCCUCAAAACCAACUUUAGAUCCAAUCAUUACUGUCGAGGGACUUCGAAAACGGGCGAGUCGGAAUCCUGUGGAAUCUGCUAUGGAAUUAAAAGAGAAAAGAUCUCGAACUCAGGAAGCCAAAGACAUUAGAAGAGCCCAGAAAGAAGCAGCUGGCUUUCUGGACAGGAGCACGUCUUCCACCCCUGUAAAGUUUAUGAGCCGUGGCCGCAGGCCAGAUGUGAUUCUUGAAAAAGGAGAAGUGAUUGACUUUUCAUCCUUGAGCUCCUCUGACCGCACCCCCCUGACAAGCCCAUCUCCUUCUCCAUCUCUGGAUUUCUCUGCCCCGGGGACGCCGGCUUCUCAUUCUGCCACGCCUAGCUUGCUUUCUGAAGCAGAUCUGAUUCCAGAUGUGAUGCCCCCACAAGCCUUGUUCCAUGAUGAUGAUGAGAUGGAAGGUGAUGGAGUCAUAGACCCAGGAAUGGAGUAUGUUCCACCCCCUGCGGGGGCAUCAGCUUCUGGACCAGUGGUUGGGGGCAGAAAGAAAGUCAGAGGCCCUGAGCAGAUAAAGCAGGAGGUAGAGAGUGAGGAGGAAAAGCCCGACAGGAUGGACAUGGACAGCGAAGACACAGAUUCAAACACUUCUCUGCAAACAAGGGCUCGAGAAAAGAGGAAGCCUCAGCUGGAGAAGGACACAAAACCUAAAGGGCCCAAGUACACUCCCGUGAGCAUCUAUGAGGAAAAGCUGCUUCUCAAGAGGCUGGAGGCCUGUCCCAGUGCUGUUGCCAUGACACCAGAGGCUCGGAGACUGAAGCGGAAGCUGAUUGUCAGACAAGCCAAAAGGGAUAGGGGAUUACCACUUUUUGACUUGGAUCAAGUUGUUAAUGCUGCUCUGCUGUUAGUUGAUGGGAUUUAUGGGGCCAAAGAAGGAGGAGUUUCCAGGCUUCCUGCUGGACAAGCCACGUACCGAACAACCUGUCAGGACUUCCGAAUCCUUGAUCGUUACCAGACUACUUUGCCAUCCAGGAAAGGAUUUAGGCACCAAACCACCAAGUUUUUAUAUCGUUUGGUGGGAUCAGAAGAUAUGGCUGUGGACCAAAGUAUUGUCAGCCCUUAUACUUCUCGGAUCUUGAAACCUUAUAUCAGGCGUGAUUAUGAAACAAAGCCACCCAAACUACAGCUCCUGUCACAGAUUCGCUCCCAUCUGCACAGGAGUGACCCUCACUGGACACCCGAGCCUGACGCACCUCUUGAUUACUGCUAUGUCCGGCCCAACCACAUCCCGACGAUCAACUCUAUGUGUCAGGAGUUUUUCUGGCCUGGCAUUGACCUGUCUGAGUGCCUGCAGUACCCAGAUUUCAGUGUUGUUGUCCUUUAUAAAAAAGUCAUCAUUGCCUUUGGCUUCAUGGUUCCCGAUGUGAAAUACAAUGAAGCCUACAUUUCAUUUCUGUUCGUCCAUCCUGAAUGGAGAAGAGCUGGGAUUGCGACUUUCAUGAUCUAUCACCUGAUUCAGACCUGCAUGGGCAAGGAUGUAACCCUUCACGUCUCGGCAAGCAAUCCCGCUAUGCUGCUGUACCAGAAAUUUGGAUUCAAGACUGAAGAGUAUGUUUUAGAUUUUUAUGAUAAGUAUUACCCAUUGGAGAGUACAGAGUGUAAACAUGCAUUCUUUCUGAGGCUCCGGCGCUGAUGUGAGUAUAGCUCCUGACCGAGAAACGCAUACGCUACUAGAGAAUGGGUCUCCAUGGAGGCCUGCAGGCGGUGAUUCAUUUCAUGGUGGGUUCUCAUGUUCUCUGUGAUUAGAUGAUCCUUCAAACCUCUCAACUAAGGUGAGAAAGGUGUUGGGCAGUGACAUGAGCAGUGAGCAGCCCUUGAAGAAAAGCUUUAGUCCUUUCUGGGGAGGCCUCCAGCCAACAUCCUGGACUCCACAGUUAACGCAGAUUCAACAGUGCCACUGUGCCCUUCCACCUGGCAGAUUGCAAGAGUGAAAGAGCAUCUCAGCUGAUGAGACAGCAUCUGUCUGUCCUGACUUCAAGGAUGAGAAAACGUGACAGCCAUCAAAAGAUUCUCACAGUCCUGAGAGGUACUGUCUGUCCUAGGAUGAUGAGAGAUUACUAGGUGAUUUCGUGAAGAGAUUCUAGCCCUAUUCUCAGGCAUUGUGUUGUCAUCUAGAAGGACUGCCAGGAAACUGAAGUUUUGUUGUCUCUUUUGCUGACUUAGAUCA